AUGCAGCUACGUGGCUCUCUCCAUCCCGGUGGAACAGCCGUAUGCACGGAAGAUGACCAGCUGAGCACUUCUGAUACUGCCCAGCGGUGUCUCCGCCCCCUCCCCAUAUACUCCGGUAUCGCGAACAUCGCCUCUCAUCAGCCAGUGUACCUUGACAACACUGGGCCUUGGUCAACCUUGCUUUCGCAUAGCGUUACUUUGGCGUCUUCUGGACAAUUCGUUGUUACGGCCGAUCUAGUUUGCCGACGCUCGCUCUUGAUUAUCGUGUUUUUAUCCACAAUUGAUCUCGGGACGCUGCUGCUUGUUACGGCAGCUGAGCUUCGGUUGAACCACAACCUGGACAAGGAUCACAGAACAUCUUCCUCAUCCGACUUUCGCGCCGCACGACCACGCUCGGGGGAGACGGCGACCCCGAACCUACUUAUUGACAAGGAAACCAUUUGUGGACCAAUUUCUAGAAAUCGAAAUUGUGGCUCUGCAAACAUGCCUACUCGCUUUUCUACCCCCGUCCUCACGGUGGACGCUGCCAAAAUACAUAAAGUUGACACGGCCAACACACAGAGUCUCCAUGGAAUGUGGAUGGUAUUUUCAAAAUGUGCCGAUUAUAUGGAAGAAGGCCGCCGUCUAGAAAAUUUGAGUUGGAGACUAUGGACUCGCGAGACCUUCUGCGUGGAGCCUCAGAGUUCAAGCGAUACUUCGGUUCUGCCGCUCCUCCGCUCAGAGGCUGGAGACCUACCGGAACUUUCUGCCAGUGUUGAAUCGGCUGCCUCUGAGCAGGCGGAGCGCAUAGAAAAACACAUCAAACGCCCCAAAGGACCGGACCCCAAACCCGCCGUGGUUCGCGAGGAAUCCGUUUUGAACCUGGGACGCGCCAAAGAGAAACAUAUUACAUCUAUGGGUCUAGAACGCAUGGUGCUUAAUAUUAAAGAGAAGAAAAAUCUGGAGCCUCUGUCGUCUUUGAGUACGACAUAUACGCAACCUGUCGUCGAUAUUACGCCGCGACCGUCUACACCCACCCCCACUCUCCCGUCGGUGGCUUCACUCAGACGUGAACCUUCGUAUGGCCUAAGUGACGGGCAACACCAGUCGACCGAAUCUUGCUCUACUACCGCCCCCGAGUGUAAUGACAGUGAUGUUGCUACUACCACUGCUUCAGACACUAGCGUUUCUUCCUCUGGAAUCCUCUCGACUAGGCCUGAGUUGAUCAAAUCUCCCAGCAUCAUCCGCGGCUUCUCUCCCUCUCAGAUCUCUUCUUCAUAUAGAUCGCAGGCCAAACUUUCGAGCAACUCCGACACAAACAAAAUGCAGGUCGCUAAGCCAUCCGCUCUAAAGAAAAAAGGUGGUAUGUUUACUCUUGGGGGAUCCUCUGGUGAUGAUGACGAGAGUUCUUUCGAGGAUCGAAUGGCAAUGCAAGCUCCUCACCGCAGUUCUCUCACGGACCAGCUUGGAAGGCCAGGAAGCAACCUCAAUCCCAAGAAAAUUGCUUCUUUCAAGGAACAGGUUGCGACGCUGAAGCCAAUGAAGACGUCCAAGAGCAGUGACGAGGAUGCGAUCGAGACCGACGACGAGGUUUCCGAAAGUGCGAUUGAAGACGAUGAAGACUCCGAUUGGGAAGACUCUAUCACAGAAAGCGGUCGGUCGAGUGUUGAAGACCGCGAGAUGUUCCAGCGAGUGGAUUCGCGACCGAACUUGGUUUCGCGCCGUUCCCUUCUUACGAUGAUGAUGCACCAACCUCUAAAGAUGCAAAAUGCCUGCCGCUCUAGUCCCGCUUUGCAACGCUCGCGUCUUACGUCGCCCAAUGGUCCUUCAAUCCCCGCGUCCCCUGCUGAUGACGAUGAGGAAAGCUUGACAAUGAAGGGUCCUGGUGUUCCUCGCUCGAAGCCAAUUAUCAUGAAGCCAUCUCCUCAAUCCGUUGCCCACUCUCCUCGCACUACCCGUCGCAACAUGCUUGCUACAGAAUUGACCGAAUCCCUUCGUCGCCAUCUUUUGUGGGAACGCCAGCAAAAGAGUGCCACUGCCAACGCCUUCAAGCGACGACACACUACGCAUGACAUGGCGAAUCUCCAGGAGUACCCGGGACCGAAAGGCACUCAAGAACCAGCGCCCGCGACCACUACAACCCCGAGCAAGGACAAGGAUGUGAUGAAGACUGGCUCUUGGAAUAAUUACACGGAUUUCGGACCAUGGGAAUAUCACGCCAAAGGCUGGUAA